GGAAUUAGUUUUCUAGCCAUUAUGAUUCUGGUGGGUGACAGUCUACACAAUUUUGCUGAUGGCAUGGUAAUAGGUGCAGCAUUUUCCUCAGCUGCAGAAACAGGUGUGACCACAACCAUUGCUAUUUUAUGCCCCGAAAUUCCCCAUGAGAUGGGAGAUUUUGCGGUACUGUUAAGUACAGGACUUUCUUCAAAAAUUUCCAUUUUAAUGAAUUUCACAAGUGCCCUAACUGCUUUCAUAGGACUUUACAUUGGCCUUUCAAUAUCAACAAACUCUUGGAUUCAAAAUUGGAUAUUUACUAUCACUGCUGGGAUGUUUUUGUACUUAUCAUUAGCAGAAAUGCUUCCUGAAAUGACUCAUGUUCAAUCACAGCGACCCUGGCUGAUGUUUCUCCUGCAGAACCUUGGGUUACUAUUAGGUUGGCUGUGUCUCUUGCUUCUAGCUAUAUAUGAACACAAAAUUAAAAUAUAAAUCUUCUACAAGUAAUCUGUAAAGACCAGAUUGUUGGACAACUCCCAUUCAUGUCAAUGGGAUUCACAUCUGGAGAACUUCAAUGUGAACUAUGAACUUAUUACAGAACUGCUGAUAUUUUUGUAUUGGAAGCAAAGUAGGUUACUACCGUAUUUACCUACAUAUUGAUUUGUGGUUCAGAUAUCUGUAUUUUAGCAAUAGGAAUGUUUAGAUGUAUUGGAUUGGAUCCAAAGUUUCAGAAUCUAGCAAAGGAUGACUCCCCUGCCUUUCCCCCUCUACUACAACCCAUGAAGACCCUUCCCCCACUGCUCCUGAAAUAUCAAGGGACCUUCAAGGACUUUGUAGGAUACAGUAAAGAUCUUCAGGGAAGUGGAGAAUUGCCAAUAAUCACCUUCUCAGCGGCUACCAAUUAAAGUGCCAUUCCACUGGUUGAAUGGGGUUUUUACCAGUAGAAUGAUACCUUUCCCCCAACCUAUUGCAUUUUACUUAUUUGCAAUGUUAUUUUAACAAACCUCUUAGGUACAUUUUGUCACAAAGCAUCUUUUCAGUUACUAUGACAUUUUUAAUAAAUAAAUAUUUAUAAAUGUAUAUACUGUGAUUGAAAUGAAAAAAUGUAAACUAAACAGCAACACAUUUUACUAAUCUGCAUCCAGUGUUUGUGUCCAAGAAAUAUACCAAUUUUAUGAGGAAGUAUCAAGUACUUUCCAGACUGUCAAAUUAUGUUGAACUAAAUGAAUCCACUAAACAUAUGAAAUAAUAUAUGAAAUAAUAUGUGAAAUAUACAAAAUAAAUGCAUCUACUAAGAUUUCUUGUUAUAUAUGUAUUAUAUUAUUAGUACCAGGCAAGUUCAAAUGAUGCUGAAUUAUAGCUAAUUUUGUUAAUUUAUAGUUUGAUUCUGAAAAAAUAGUUUGAUUCUGAAAAUCCGAAAUAGUUUGAUUCUGAAAAUCCAAAGUUCUCUACCCUGUGGUUAAUUUUU